AUGACUACCAUAUACGAGAAGAGGCUCGUCAUUAAAUCGUCUGAGCUGGGCAAGGCUGGAACUCUUCUCUUAGCCUUCAAGCCUCUUGAUAACACUGGCAUCAGGCAAAAGAUAGUUGUGUGGAAGAUCAUCCCAUUCUCAAAAGCUCCCAACAAUGUUGCCAAAGUGAAAUACGUGAGCCAGCUCGCGUUCAUCGCUCCUCAGAUCGACGAUGAUAAUAUAAUUACACCUUCGUCCCACACUGUCGACGUUGGAGGAGCGGUUAUCUAUGACAUUGACUCAGAUAAAAAUAUAAUCAUCAAAGAUACCGAAGAAAACAAGGAGGAAAGGCUCUAUCGCCGCAACGAACAACACUGGAAACUUCUAGAUAUUGCCCUUGGCCUUCAGAUCGACGCAAAGGCUGAUCCCGAGCCUAUUUUGCAUUUUCCCAACAUUGCGUACAUCUCUGGAUCUGGCCAUGAACUUGAUUGA